CCUAUUUGACUUGGUAUUUUAUGAAGCCAAGACUAUGAGUGCUAAUGGAGCACCAUAUUCAUACUCCAACCAUACUCUCGAGAAAGUGGCGAAAGCCAAAGCGACGCUUGAAAGCUUCUACGCCAACCUCAUCACACAGCACCAAGAAAGAAAAAACAGGUUUGCACUUCCAAAACAACGUUAACAGUUCCUGUUCUAAUCUCCUCGUUUUUUGUAUUACCUUCGAGAAGAGAUAUGUUUUGGUUGCUCAGAUAUAGAAGUCAUUUUUACGAGAGACGUGUAGAAUGUUGCUCACUUGAAGGUUUAACCUUAAUUGCAUGCACGAUAUUUUCGUUACAGAUGGAAAGUUUUGGAGAUGAAUAUGCAACAACAAGGUUUAACGGAAGAAGAGGUUUGUACGUGCUUCCUCAGCUACUUUUUCAAAAUUUAUCCACUGAUACUUUUUUCAUACUUGUUUAAAGCUAACAAACUGCUUUAAACUUGAGGCUUUUUAAGCUUUUAUCCGAAGACAUCGUGAAUAUAAUAAUCAGACUCGAGAGCAUCAAUUCAAUGUUGUCUUUUAUACUUGAAAAUCGUUACCUUAAAAAGAACUGUUUUCUGGCGAAUGAUUGCUUAAUUAAAUCCCGUUGACGGGACAGUACAUUUUCUCAAUCAACAAUGAAUUCAACCCCUUAAAAUCCAAGUAUUUAAUAGAAAAUGUCCUUAAAUGGUUUUCGAACUAAACAUGUUGAAAGCUUUAAGUGGUUUUCGAAUGUAAAUUUUGCUGUAUUCCACUUAUCAUUGUAAAUUCAAAAUUUAAUGUUGUUAUGUGUUUACAUUUUUGUUACGUUAAUUCAGUCCCGAUACAAAUAUCUCCUAGUUUUAAAGACGAUUAAAGAUAUUGUACCAUUCAUCUUGGAAUAACAUUUCAACCGUAUAAAUAAUGUCGCACUAUUUUUUCCAAUAGCAGAGAACUAUUCUCAACAUUUUACAUAACAACCUUUCUUGUCAAAGUUAUUUUCCAUAACAAUUAUAUGACACAGCAUGAAUGGUCUUAGCUGGUGGAAAAAUGAAGCAGUUUACACUCUAAAAAAACAAGUUGUUUUGUUACUAAUUUGUCAGUUUGCCGUACAAACUCUUGAAAUGUAGACUUGUCACAACAAUAUUUUUUGUUUCAGAUUAUUUGUUCAAAACUCCUAUGUUUCUCUACCACUUUUCUAAAAUAAUAUUAUUCAGACAAAUGUUAAUAAGCAUGCUGUAUUGUAAAACAAAAGAAGUUUGAAUUUUUUUUCUUGUUGUUACAUUGUCCCAACAUCAUGAUGCAAAUAAGUGAAUUUUGUAAGGAGAUUAAUGAGGAUCAUUUUCACUAAGUAGAUUUUGCAUUUGUUGUCCCCCAAGAAAAUCAUUGUUUCUUUCUAAUUAAUUGAUCCCUAUUAAUAAAUAAGUUUAGGUCGGUGAAGCUCAAUCUGAAUAGAUUCCAAGUGUGACACUAAACCACAUAUGGAACAAAAAACAAUAGGAAGAAAGCUGAAGUUUUAUUUGAAGGUUUCUAACCCUUUUCUGAUAUUAUCAGACUGCAGAAGAAUCAGUACACAGCAAGGGUCCCUCGAACAGCUGAUGAUAAAUCUUUAAUUAAAAUAUCUCCUUACUUGCAAAAUGUUAGUGAAUGCCUGUUCUUUGGUCUCAGAGCCUUAUAUUUUGAGCAAUUUCCUUCACCUUCAAUUUGAUGUUGUCAUAAAAUAUUUCUUGAAGUAUUGGCCAUGAUUUUUUACUUGACCCUUUUAUAGCCCUAAUAUCAACAUGAAAUUCUCUGCACUGUACUCUGCACAUUUUCUGAAUUUGGUACAGUUGUACAAAUCAUACAUUUUUGUCAAAAAUCAAGAACCCCUUUAUUCUUCUUACCAUCAUUUUCAAUGAAGCAAUGAUGUUAUCAGUAUUAUCUUCUCUCCAUAUCCCUAAAAUUGUCCAAUUCAAGACCCCAUUGUUCUUCUUGUUACUGACAUUGACUGACGUUUCGACAACCUGUGCAAUAGUCAUCUUCAGAGUCAAAGAUAAUGACUGUGACUCUGAAGAUUGACCACCACACGGGUUGUCAAAAUGUCCGACAUUGUCAACAACAGUCCUACUCAGGACUAUGUUUUAUACCCAGAUGAUCAUGCUCAACCUACUUAAGAAAAUAAUGAAUCCUGGGUUGAAACCUUUCACAGAGAUAGGUACUGAUAACUGCUAGUGCUUUAAAACUUUCAAAUACAGAAUGUCUCACUCUUGUGAAGAAAUAUGCUGCAUGGUCUCACAAGAUUUGCUUGCUGGGAAAGUAACUUUUUAAGCUUGCUUGUCCAAAGGAUAAGAAUCUAGGCAAGAAAUCAUUAACUAACACAAGCAAGCAAUGGCUUAGGGCAAGCAAAAUAUGAGACCUACUUGUCUAAAGUACAGGCUGGAAUUCCAGAACCUUCAAAACUAAGAGAACAGAGAAAAAAAACACCAUCUAAUCCUACUUUUGUUGUCUUAUACAAUUGCACCCAGUACCCUAAAAAUGUUGUGUCUUUGCUUACUCUUAUUGAUCAUGGAAUAAACACAUGUAGAUACCUGUUAUUAACAGACAAAGAUGUAUUUUCUUGUUCAUAGAAAAAAGAGUCAAGAAGCCACCUUGCAAAGAAAGAAACAGAAUUUCUAAGACUUAGACGAUCCAGGAUUGGGAAGGAAGAUUUUGAUUCUUUGAAAGUUGUAGGAAGAGGAGCUUUUGGUGAGGUAAGUAAGUGGGCUGUAUGUGAAAAAAAAAUCUGGGAAAAAAGUUAAAACACUUUAGUUCACAUUUAUAAUGGAUAAAAGAAAUUUGCCAGUCACUCUUUCUCAUAACAAAAAAACCUUAAGCUUUUCUUUAAGGAGAGGCUGGGUUAUCCAUUAAUUUGGGGACCAAAGUCCGCCAACACUCUUGAGACCCAAAUAUUUUUAAAAAGACAUGUGGGUCCUAGGAUCCACGUUUAAAAUUGUAAGUAAUAAUUGUCAUCAGUAAUAAUUCAAACCAAAGUUUUUUACUCUCAUUUGAGUAUCUAUUUUGUGAGGUUUGUGUUGCCACUAAUAAAAUACAAGAGGGCACAAGACAUGUUGAUUCAAUGAGAAGUUGUUUCGUCUUAGAGUAGAUAAUGUAUUACAUGGCAAAUAAUGGCAGGGAAGCCUCAACAGCUGUGGGCCAAAGUUAUGGUGAUCACCAUACAACCGUCAUGAUUAAUAUCACAAAUUAUUUGCUCCUUCUCUUCUCAGUGAGCCUGCUAGAUGUGGAUGCAGCAGCUAUAACCAUAACCCUUAGCAGCAUAAUGUUAUCUAUGGUGCGCUUCAGUUCAAAAAGGCCCAUAUUAUAAUAGGGUUAUCAGCCACUGUGUAUGAAAUUUUGGAUCUUGUCUUAAAUCCUUUUAUGUUGCCAAUUGCAACUUGGAGCACCAGGGAUACAGCUUUUGUUGCAAGGCUUUUCUGGAAUACACUGAUUGAAUAUACAUUCUUCAAUAUUAAAUUUCCUUUUAGGUGCGUUUAGUUCAAAAACAUGACACAGGCCAUGUCUAUGCUAUGAAGAUCCUGAGAAAAGCAGACAUGCUGGAAAAGGAACAGGUGAAAUAGCUGAAAAUAUUCAUUUAUUUAUUUAACAUCUUUUUUUCUGGUGCACAUAUUCACGGAUUCUUUGUUUUUGUUGGUUGUGAACCUAAGGGCUAGACCAGCACCCAAAAACAGUACUUUUCUUUGUAAACUAUGUUAGAGGAAGCAAAUGCAUGUAUUGCCUAGAAAUUUAUGUAAUAAUUAGGAAAGGCUUAAAUUGUCAUUAUGCAGGUUCUCAGGUUCUCUUUGUUUUCAGAGUUUUUCUAUUAAUGUCAUAUAAGUUUUUGAAGUUGUUCUUUUUUUUUUCUGCAUUUUACUCCCUACAGCCCCCCGAAAUGUUUUCACAUUUUAUUUACUUAUUUAUUUUUAUGAAAAGGUCUCACAAAAUUACUCAAUUUCUUAAACCGUUAAAACAAUAAAUAUAGUAUCUAAGGUUUGUGGGAAAGCAAUAAGUACAAAUAUGAAAAGGCUAUAUUUGCCCUGAAAAACAGCGUUUAAAUUACAUUUGUGGGUAAACUAGUUGAAACACUUGGGAGAAAGUUGGUAUGUUCAUGUUUUUUAAAUUUUAUUUUUCUCUUUACAGGUUGCCCAUGCUCGUGCUGAGCGAGAUAUUCUAGCUGAAGCAGAAAAUCCAUGGGUGGUGAAGAUGUACUACUCCUUUCAGGAUGGGCAGUAUCUUUAUUUAGUCAUGGAGUUUCUUCCCGGUGGUAAGUUUUAUUAGCUAGUUUACGCUGUAUAAAACAACACUACAGAAUUAAACAAAAAAUAAAUGUUAUUCAGGGGAAUAUUAAUCAUGGUGGAAAAAGUGAAUAAUAAAACUGGUAGAUUAUAGACAACAAAAAAAUUGAAACUGAAUUUUAAAUUACAGGUGAUCUUAUGACAAUGCUUAUGAAGAAGGACACAUUCACAGAUGAUGAGACAAGGUUUUACAUUGCUGAAUCAGUUCUUGCAAUUGACUCCAUCCACCAAGUUGGAUUUAUUCAUAGGUGGGAUAUUGAUUUGUAAUUUUAUAGGUAGCUUAAGCAAAGGUUUUUGGUUUUUUGAUGCUUCCAAAUUCUUUGCUAUGCUAUGUUUCUUCACACUGUGGUAUAGAGACAAUCUGCCCAAAAAUGGGUCAAAACCACUACCCAAGAAUGAAAUUUUGUUCUUCCUUCCUUAGGUGACUACAUUGUACUGGUAAUGUUGCAUGUAUUGUAAGCUUAUGUUAUUCUACGGAUUUAGUUUUAGAAAAGACUCUUUAUUUCUCUACAGGGAUAUCAAGCCAGAUAAUUUACUUUUGGAUAGCAAAGUAUGUGAUUAAGUUUUUUUUUGGUUGUGUUUUGUUUUGUUUUAAUUUUGUUUUAAUGUGCUUUGGUGAAUAAAAUAGAUUAAUAUUGAUUUGAAAUGAAUGAAUUGAUAAAUACCUAAAACCAAAUUUAACCUAUAUUAUUUCAACCUAUCUUCGGUCCCCAGCUCUCUUGUUUAACUUUUUGUUCUUGUUGUUCUUGUUGUUCUUGUUGUUCUUGUUGUUUUGGCUUCUGAAGAACUUCCUCUUGGGUGAAGAUGACGUACUUAGUCAUGCAUGUUUAAAGCCUGUACACAGCUAAAAUUUGUUACUCAUCUCUGUGACUGUGACAGAGAUUUCAUUUUAAGACCUGUGCUCCUUUUAAUUAAUGUGCAUGAUAAUUAAGUUUGUUUUUGCGUGUUGGCCCUUCUCUAGGUCUUUUUCCAAAUUCCAUCAUUAGCUAAGGGAUGUAGGAGAUGUGUCACUUGGACAUGCUACCACUAUUAAAAUAAUCAAAAUCAUUUUUUAUAUCACAUAUGUUUAAGUCUCUAUGACGUUAAAAAAUAAUAUUGUAAUAAUAAAAAUAAUAAUACAAAUGAUGAUGAUGAUGAUGAUGAUGAUGAUGAUGAUGAUUAUAACAGUAAUUAUUAUUUUUAAAUAAAUAUUGAUUUCUAUUGUUCUUCGUUUGUAGGGUCACAUCAAAUUAGCAGAUUUUGGUCUUUGCACAGGCCUCAAGAAAGCACACAGAACAGAAUUUUACAGAGAAAUAUCACCUAGUGAUAUGAAGGAUUUCAGUAAGAAAAAUACAUUCUGAGAGAAUUCCAGGCAGAAGCGACAUGGUGAUUGGCGCAGUCAGGGUUUCACACCAUGUGUACUAUACUGUUUGACCAGGAAUCAUGCACUUCUGCAUUGUGGAAUUAAAUUUUAGUCAGAUACUUUAAUAAUAAUAUUGAGGAAACAGCAGUGUUCCAGCCAGAGUGCGCCAUUGCGUGAAUCCCGCAAAAGAUCGAGAGAUGGCCCCCUCCAAAAGCGUUCAAGGGCCAUUAUGGCCCUUUCCUUUUUUAAUUGCCUGGGCUUAAAAAUUAAUGGUCUCUGUUACUUCAACUACAAUAAUUUUCCAAUUAAACAGAAUUUUUAAUCUUAAGAACAACGACUCCAUACCUUUGUACACAACAUGAAAAUCAAUCGAUGAAUCUUCUUGAGUUUACCUGAUUUACCGUGAGUGGUCUGGAGACCACUAAGCCUCGACUUGGCUUUUGUAAUAUCGCAGAAGCUUAUGGGUAUCCAUCAUGGCCUCUUGAAAAAGGAUAAACCUGACAAACGCAUCUUUGAGGUCUAUCAUGCAAAAGUUUUUUCUCAGAAGUAACGAAAAAGUGGAUGGAGACGAAGCAGUUCAGAAUAAGCGAAUGAAAGCAGAUAAGCUUCAGAUAAACUGCCAUUUUCAUUUCCUUAACUUUCCAACUGCUUCUUCUCUUUUGCAUAUUAGAGAGAUACUGGUACAUUGGCCCUUUCUUGAAAUAUCUGGCCCCCAAAAGUGGGUUGUAGGGGCCGCUUUGGCCCUCAAGCACAAUUUUCUGGCUGGAGCACUGAACAGUAAAGGAAUAAAUGAUACAAAUGUGUUAAUAAUGUUAGUUUGACUGUCUCUAAUAAGAGUAAUGAUGCACUUCCCUUAAUUACGAGCCUUAAAAGACCUUUGAUACAGUUCUACUUUGUGGAAGUCAGUAAGUUUAAAAAUUAGACAGUAAUAAUAUGAGGAAACAGUAUAAAGGAAGUAAUAAUACUCAGGGUUGUCACUAAGAUUUCAAGUUGCCGGGUAAAUAGGCGGGGAAUCAAACGGCUAGGGAUUUCUUUUGGUUCCAUUUUCCUUCUAUUUUCCAGUAAAAGUAGCCGGGGAAAAUCCCCGCCCCCUGGCUCUUAAUGACAACCCUGAAUACUGUAAGUUAAUUUCACUGCAUUUCUCUAUUCUUUCCCUCUCAGCAUCUGCUCAACCAUUAGAUACAAAAGGGAGAGCAGCAACAUGGAAAAAGAACAGACGACAGUUGGUAAGUUAAAAGAAGACUAGGGUUCACUGAUAUGCUGGUAAUUUAUAUCUGAAGUGUGUUUACCAUCAUUGGUUUGCAGAUUUUUAGAUUUAUUCAUGACUAUUCAUAGUGACUGUUGCUUUUCUUGUCUCACUGUAGGCCUACUCCACUGUGGGAACACCAGACUAUAUCGCUCCAGAAGUGUUUCACCAAACUGGUUAUAAUAAGAGCUGUGACUGGUGGUCACUGGGAGUUAUCAUGUAUGAAAUGCUUAUAGGUAUGCAACAGCAAGGCCAUGGAAUAUUCACUUACUGCCUACCUAUUAAUUAUGGAACUCUGAUAGGGUAAAAUUCUGACUUACAACAUGGCCUUGAGUCAGAGAUGAAAUGGCAGCAAACAACAUAAAGAUGAGUUAAUACACCAAAGAGUCACAUCCUACUCUUCAAAAUAUGAAACGGCCACAUCUGAAAUUCAGAACAGGGACUUACGUACCUGUGAAUGUGUGUUUUCUGAAUUCUUUAGUCUUAUGGUAUGUAGUGUCUACACCAAUUCAAUGAGAAUUGAUCAUCUCUAAUUUUUUUUCUUUCCAGGUUAUCCACCAUUUUGCUCAGAAAGUCCUCAAGGUGAUUUCACAGAGAACCAAUAGUAUUUUUUAGAGUGUUCACCACUUUACAGCCCUUGUAAUCCCAGAAAUAUUUGCUAUAAUUGGAAUUAUAGUUAAAACAAUGACCUGACGGUAAAUUUCCCUUAUGCCAUAUGUUUGUUUUGUUUUCCAGAAACGUACAAAAAAAUAAUGAACUGGAGAGAAACGUUAAUCUUUCCUCCUGAGAUGCCAAUUUCAGAUAUUGCAAGAGACCUAAUUCAGAGGUGAAGGAAAUAACUCACUACAUACAAAUCAUUAGUAAUGGUAAUAGGACUGAGUGGAGUCCAAUCAGUCUGUAAUCUUACGGGUGAUUUAACAAAACUGGACGACCUUGUAGUGGGAGUCCAGUUGGUAUGGUCCAGACCGAAUUGGACGACACAAAGUUCUGUUACGAAUUAAUCAUAACUAUUACAGAAUUUGUGAGAUUUCAGGUUUUUUUAAAAAUUAAAACUCAGGAAAUUCCACAAGUUUUUGCCAGUGAAAAAAACAAAAGCCUUUUAAGUGUUCACAUGGUGGUGCAUACUGUCCCAUUACUAAUAGGACAGUAUAUCAUAUGCAGCAUCACAAGCGCGCCCUUAAUUAGUUUUUUUUUUUUUUUUUUCACUGCUAGCAAAAAAACUCUCGGAAUUCCUUCUGUUUUAAGUUUAAAGAAAGUCUAAAAUAUUACAAUUUUUGUUGUAGUUAUGAUUAAUUGGUAAAAGAACUUUGUGUCGUCCAAUUCGGUCUGUAAAAAUCAUACUGUCUCGUGACUAAACAAAUGGGACUCCUAUUACCAUUAUUAAUAUUCAUGAAUGUCAAUACACCAUUCAUUGUUAUUAAUUUAUGAAUCAAAUUUUUCAUCUCAGUCAAAUAUGUCUUAAGUUUUCACAGUCUUAAUAAAUACUAUAAAUUAAUUAUGAGAGUACCUAUUCAUUUCCUGUCAUUGGAGAAAUUAAAGGCUUGUGACAUAACCCUAGUCAAUUAGCAACAAGGUGUGCUAUAAAUUAUUAUGUGAUAGAGGUGCUGCCGUUCUUAGCUGUCUCAACAUUUAAAGACAUAAUUAAACCAUGAUAAGGGCCUUUGUUUUGACUUCACUGGUACCUUCAAAUAACAUUGGUAAUCAUUUUCAAAUAAUUUCAUCUUUUAGAUGGUGCUGUGAUGCAGAUAAAAGACUUAAUAGCAUUGAUGAAAUCAAGGCUCAUCCAUUCUUCAAUGGUGUGGAUUGGCAAAACAUAAGGUAUAAAAGAUCAGUAUUUUUAUUUUUUUUCUCUAUACCAAAUUCAUUUUCAAAGAGUUAUGUCAAUAUUUUUCUCCCAUUUCCUUUUUGUCCAACAACAAUGUUUCCUGUCAAUGAAUAGUUAGUACCACCAGCAGAUACUGAAAACCUUGUGUAGCCCAUACUCUCAAUCUUGUAGGCUGUCUGUCGAGUGGGUAUUUUUGAUGAUUUGACACUCCUGGAGCUCUUAGUGAUCAACAGUGGUGGAUUGAUUGACUUUUUUUACAAAUACUAGAAAAUAAAUUAUAAUACCAUGCACAAGUUGAAUUCACAAAUAUCCAGCCAGCAGAUAGAUCCUGAAUUCAAGUCCCACUCUGACCUGAGUAGUUGUCUGUCUUUUCAACUCCUUGGUUGGUCGGGUUUCAAUGAACGCCAACGACCGACGAAACGUGUCUGUUACUUUGCUCAAAGAAGUUGGCUACUUUUUCCCCGAAAGAAGAAGUAGCUAGUAUUAAUAUCUCAACAAUGUUGUAAAAAGUAUAUCAUAAAAUCUGAAUAAAAACAUUAAAGCCCAGUGGUUAUUUGUUAUUCUUUAGUUAUGCAAAUGCUGUGUUUCAGUCUGACUCAAUUUUUCACACGCUUCUUUUUAGGUUUAAGCAGAAUUUGUUCACAUGCAAAUGUACAUGAUUUUGAUUACCGUCAUUUGUUCGGCAUCACUCGCAAGAGUUGAUUGUGUGGCUGAUAAAUCGAAACUAAUGAAUGAAAGCUACAUUUUUUCUAUGAAAGACCCUCUUGUUUGUACUCAUUUUUGUCCUCAGAACACUGGAGAACACAUUUUAGGGCUUUGAAAGUUCAAAAUUUUUCUGAGGGAGCAUGCCCCCAGACCACGCUAUAAGAAGGGGACUAACAGCCCCUUGUUGAUACACUCAGUUUCUCUAUUCAAAUCUGGUGGUUACUUCAAUUAAUAUUGAAACCCCGGGUUGGUCAGGCUUGGAAAUGGCCAAGUGGUUUGUCUCCUGCUAGCUGGGAUUCUUUUGAUUGUGAUUGUUUUAUUAAAAUUAGCUGCCCAAUGGUGUCUUAAUUCCAGCUGGGUAACGAGAAAUAUUUAUGCCAAAUCUAUGCAAUCUUCAGUUGCUAAUUAUAAACAGAUCAUACCUAUACUGUUGUUUUCUUCAUAUUUAGGGAAAGACCCGCUGCCAUUCCAAUUCAUGUCAAAUCCAUUGAUGACACUUCAAAUUUUGAUGACUUUCCAGAAUCAGAAUUUGAAUCGAGUAAGUUCUAAUAAAAAAUAACAUAUUAUAGAUAAAGACUACACCUUGCCCAACAGCAAGUUCCAACAAGGCAUUGCAUUCUAACUGCUGUUCCUCAAUACUGAGGGUACAUGUGGUCAUGCGCACAGGCACACCCCUUAUGCAAGGGUAUGAGUGGGGACUGGGUUGAGUUGUGAGCAGUGGGGGUGGUUUUGGUUGGUAAUGGUAGGGGAGGGUACUGCAAAAAAGGCAUUCCUCAUGCAGACGUUGGCAUCUGUGUUGUUUUGCUUUAUGUAGAGAAGAAAAGUUGUUUAUGUCGCUUUGCCUUGCUAGCAAAAUUCCUGGAUCUCAAUAAACCGUGGUCCUGCAAAUGUGGCAGAAAAAAGUGAAAAAAAUUGACAUGUAUGACUUUCCUGUGCCCGAUUGAACUCAGAAACAAAACAGUAGCCCAUCGUAGCCCAUACAGUCUGUACCUUUCUUGCAGCAUUAAAUUAAAUUUUGACGAUGUAAAUGCUGUCUCUGUCAAGAAAGAUUAUUGUGAUCCAGAAAUCUUGCUACCAUGUUAUACCUGGCAUCACAUUUCUCCUCUCUAUUAUUGUACACACAUCACAAGAAGUAUCGUAACUUGUAACAAGGAAAUAAUUGUUAUGUCCAAUAGACCUUUUUACCAAUACGGCGGCCAUAUUGAAUUUAUUAUAUUUUAGGAGUAUUAUGGGAUGCCCAGGGGGCACUCGCUCAGUAUUUACGCAGGCUUUUUGGGCAAAAUGAGAACUUCAGUGAUUGUUUAUCGGCAAAAAGGUGAUCAUUAUUACAUCCAAACACGGCACAACAAUCUUUUUUUCCCAUUACAAUCUUUUUCUAGGAAAACUUAAAGAAAAAGUGGCCCGAAAAGCGCAUAAAUACUGAUGCGAGUAUAUCGGAUCGUGCUCAUGCCCCCUAAGCAUCCCAUAAUACUGCUUCAAUCCAAGUAAUUCAAUAUGGCCGCCGUAUUGGUAAAAGGGUCUAUUACUUAGCGACUUAACAUUUUCUUUUUUGUUUUGUUGUAGAUUGGUUUAGGGACCCAAAAUCUGACACAGCUGGAGGAAAAGAUUGGGUUUUUCUGAAUUACACAUUUAAACGUUUUGAAGGACUCACACAACGAGGGGUUAAAGUUCCACUCCUUUAAACCAGUCAAUUCAAAGAAAUAUUUUCCUAUCAUUUUUACAUGUUAGCUGCAAGCAACCCCUUCAUCUUCCUCAUUUUUGAGUAGGAGAGUGAAGGAAAGGUGUGUAAAUAUAGUUCAACUCUGAUUUUUUUGUCAGACAACAAACCUGCUCUUAUAAAAAAGGAAAUUUAUGUUGUAAGAGAUGAACUUUGUACUAAGAAAUUGAAGAUGUUAUUAUACGUGAUACUUUGUUACACAAAAUUUUGGUGACAUGCUAACAUGGCAAUUUUUAAAAUUCCAAUGUAACAGUUUAUCAGCACUUUAAGCUAUUUUUCAACACAGUUCCAUUAACGUUUGUAACUUCACCAACUUAAAAACGCUUUAAUAGACAAAAUAACUUCUCUGUGGUGGGUUACAAAUGUGUUAACCAUGCUGCAUUUAGCCCUAUAUGUGCUAUGAACCAUUAGACUAAAAUUUAACAAUUAAUUCUUCAUAAACAGAAAUGAAAAAAAUUAGUGUUAGUCUUGACAGAAUUCACGUCAAGCUUGAUAGCUGUACAGUAUAGAUGUAAUGUUGAACAGUUCGAUUACACAUAGACAGAAUGAUUUACCUUGAAAUUUUUUAUGGGCUCCACAGGAACCUAUACAAUAAUAAUUAUUUGAAUAGAGUACAUAAUGGGGUUAGUAUGUUAGCAUUAAUAUAAUACUAAGCGAUGAUUAUUUUUUCUGAAUUUGCUGUCUAUACUGGUGUUGCCAAAAUUGUGUGUAAUGAGGCAGUUUAAAGGCCAAAUACCCAAGUUAGCUUUUCCGUUUUGAGAAGUUAAUACAUGUAUGCACUUGAGGAUUCAAAGUUUUUCAUAAAUAUAUCCCAGGGUUUUGUCAUCAUGGGGUAUUUUUGUCUUGUGAGGUGUACUCAAAAAUUAUGUCAUUAAUUAAGUUCAGAGGGAUACAGUGUAACUGUGAUAGGGUGAUUUUAGCAUUAAUUUUUCUAUCUGAAGUCAUUGAAUAAUAGUUGUGUAUUUUGUAAUUAUUUAAAUAAGUACAGUAAAUAUUGAUACUGUUAAGUCUGCUGGUAAAUCUGUUUUAAUAAGUUUUCCAAACAGGCUCAAGAUUUGUAAUGUUCAUAUUGGAUCAAAGAAACUAAGACUGACUGUAAAGUAGAAGUAAGAUUUAAUAUUUCCUGAAGUAAACACAAGUCAUACUGUAUUUCCAUUAUAAUAUGUUUGAAAAUGACACAUUCAGCUAAGGUUAAGACAGUAAACUUUAUGCGUAAACUAAAUGCAAAAAAAGUGUCGUAGAUUAUUUUACACCAAAGAACAGGGAUUUAUACUUAAAAAGAAUUUUCACAUUACUGUUGGGUAAGAUUUUCUGUGUAUUGUUUGUAACAACUUAAUAAUCAAUAGCUGUAGCUGCUGCAUUAUUGAAAAUUAUCUUUGUAUUAUUGUAGUCCGAAUAAUUCAUAGUUUUGCAUUCAUACUGGGAGAGGCACACAGGGAUUACAGUGACAAGGAGAGUAGUGCAACUCUUAUGUAGCAUUCUUUGUGUCAAGGGGAGUUUUCAAAAAACACAACGAAUUGCUGCAUGGGAGGCAGAAGGGGAGCUGCAAAGAACGCUUUCAGUUCUGAGAUUUACGAUCCAAUGAUUUAACUUUAUUAGGGGUGACCUUACUUAACACACCUCAACGCAAUUAUGCAAAAUACACCCUUUCCUAGAUGGGUGUUCAUCAUGCUUUAUUCGUCCAGUUGUACAUAAUGGGAAAUACGUUAUAUUAUUUCUUACAUAUAGAAUCACAGGUACCACAAUCAUUUUGUAAAUAGACAACAAUAUUACUAAGCAACAUUCAUCUAUUUCAGUAGUCUGAAUUGUCAGCUGUCUCCACCCCUCCCCCCCCAUGCCCCCCACAGGAUAGGGGGUGGAGACGGCUGACAUUUCAGACCAUCAUUUCAGCAGCUCUGCAGAUCCUAAUCACUGACACCGUACAUUUCUGUGAAAUGUUAUUACUGGUAACCCUUGAUUGAACCUCGCUAACCCUAGAAGACUAUGCACUUUCACAGCUUUUAUUCCCUUAAAACUCUGUUUUUAACUCGCAUGUUCUUUACACAAUCAUGCUCCAUACAUUUUUAAUGGUGUCAUACUGAGGAAAAUUUGUUUGUACAAGGAAUUUAAGACAUUCGUAACCUAAUCUCCUUUAACUCAUGAGCUUUGCAGCUGAUUUAUUAGUGAUAUUGUUGGAAGAAAAAUAGAUGCUGGUCAUUGUUAAGGGUUUACAGGAUUAACAAAGGUCUCUUGGCAAAUUAAUGGGGUAGGGAUGAAACAUUUUGAAAUAAUGAGCUGAUAGAGAUCGCCAUUAAAUGCCUUUGAUUUUACAUUGCUAGUUGAUCAAGAAGUGCUAAUUGACAAUACAGUUUGUGAAAUUAAUAUUACAUUUUGUGCUGAAUUCAUGAGAGAGUAGGGCAGACUACAGUUACCUCUUGAAUAGCAGUAAAGUGUCAUUAAAAAAUCCUGCUCUUUAAUGCAAGUUGAUCAUCACCAG